AUGAUUGCUGGGUAUUCUAAAAUUGGCCACUGUUCUGGUGCUGUUAUGUUGUUAGAGGAAAUGCAACACCAGGGAGUACAGCCUGACGUGUUCACCUUUGUUAGCUUGCUUUCUGUUUCCUCAAAGAAUGGUAAUUUGGAUUUGGGAAGAUUUGUUCAUCUUUAUAUCGUUACUACUGAUGUUCAAAUUGAUUCAAUUGUGAAGAAUGCCCUAAUAGAUAUGUAUGCCAAGUGCGGGCAUUUUCAAUGUGCUAAAUGUGUUUUUGAUAGAAUGCUUCAUAAAAACGUUGUUUCUUGGACAUGUAUGGUGAAUGCUUAUGCCAAUCAUGGUCUUAUUGAUAACGCUGUGCAAACUUUUAAUCAGAUGCCUGUGAAGAAUGUGGUUUCUUGGAAUUCAAUAAUCUGGUGCCUUGUUCAAGAAGGGCUUUACACGGAAGCUAUGGAACUUUUCCACAGAAUGUGUAUUUCAGAUGUGAUUCCUGACAAUGGGAUGGCCUCCUCAUCAGGGAAGAGAGUUAAAACCAUGGGAAACAAGAGAAAGGAUCCAGAACGUUUCUAUUCAAACAAAUUCCUUUCUCAUAAGCAUGAGCAACACUUCCAAACAGUUUAA